AUGGAUGAAGAGUUUCUACAUGACAUUUACGAUUUAGAUAAUGAUUUGGAAUUGGGAAAUAUAAAUGCUAAUGAAGAUGUAAAUAUAAAAGCUAAUGAAUAUAUGAAAAAUGUUAAGAGAUAUAUAAAUGAGAAAAAAUUAAAAAGUUGUGAAAUAUUUUUAACAGAAUUAUUAAAUGAUUUUGAGAAUGAACCAUUUGAAUUUAUUAUAUUUUCAACAAUAAAAAUAUAUUGUAAUUUAAGGUUAUAUAAUUAUCGUUCGAUAUCCAAUGAUUUAACAUCUCUAGGUAAUUUAGAAUGUUCUUCUUAUCGAUUUGAAAAUUAUUCUGAUAAAUAUAAAAAGAAGAAAGGUACGAUGAUACCUUUUUUAUUAAGAUUAAUUAAUUGUUAUUAUCCAUACACCUUAAGUUUAUAUUUUACAUCUUUUGACAGAUUAUAUUUAUUAAUAUUAAAUUAUGAAGAAAAAUUAAAAAAAUGUAUAGAGUAUAUAUCAAUAUAUGAAAAGAAAGAUGAAAAAAAUGAACACAUAGAAAUAAAUAUAUCUUCAUCUAGUGAUAUAUCCAAUAAUAUAAAUUUUUAUCGUAGAAAAAAAAAUAUUAUUUUUCAUUAUAUAUGUAUUACAUCUUAUGUGUUAUGUGAUUUGUUAUUAAAAAAAAAUUACAUAGAGCAAGCCAUACAACUAUUAAGAAACAAAAUUUUAUAUUAUGAUCAAAAUGAUAUAAACACUAUUUCAUUAAUAGGGAAACUGUCUUUAUUAAUGGGCUGUUUAGAUAUAUCUGUCGAAUGUUUUAAUAAAGUUGAAAGCUUUAUAUGUUCAGAUAAUUAUGAAAAUAUAAAUGACAAGUACCAGAAAAAUAAUGGAGACGAUAUAAAUAAUAAUAAUAAUAAUAAUAAUAAUAAUAAGAAUAAUUGGAAGCAUAUUCUUUACAAUCAUUCAUAUAUUAAUAAAAACUUUUUGAAUCUAUACUUAGAAGAAUAUAAUGUAGCAUUAAAUGAAUUGUUCAAAAUAUCUCCUGAUUUUUUUAAUAAGAAUGCGAUAAAUGAUUAUUCAUUUUAUUCGAACAAUUUAUCUAUAACAUAUUUUUAUAAUAACGAUUUAAAGAAUGCUAUACAUAUCUUAGAAACAUUAAUAAAUGAAAAUUAUAUAAAUACAUUUCCUUCAUUAGUAAAGAAUUUGAAUUAUUUUUAUGAAUUAGCAAAAAUAAAAAAUGAACAAGUUAACACUAUCAAUGAUUUUAUAAGUAAUAAUCUGGGAGAAGACCAAGAAAUAUUAUCAGUAAUUCCAAGACGUACAUAA